UGGUAGCUUAAUCAUAUCAUAAGAUAUCAUUCUAAGAAAGCAGUUGUCUUAACAUGGAUGACUUUACUUAUAAUUUGAUUCCUUUACUGCAAGAUGAUCCAAUGCUUUUUGAAUAUUUGCCAAUCUCAACAGUUCAUCCCGACCUAGAACCCGCAAUCCCUCAUCAAGAUCUGCAAAAUCAGGUGGUUGCAUCUUCGCUUGCUUCACGUCAAGAAAAGACUGAGGAGAUCAUCAUCAGGAACAACAUCAACACGGCCCGGAAAAGGCAGACAAAGGCAUCAUCAGCUAUUCGAGCUGAUAAUCAUGAUCGUGGGAAGAACCCUGAUGAGAGCAAGCAGAAAAAAGCCAAUCAUAGAGAUAUCGAGCGCCGAAGGAGGCAAGAAAUGGCGAAGCUUUAUGCUUCUCUCAGAAAUCUACUGCCUCUUGAAUGUAAAAAGACAAAGCGUUCCAUUUCGGAUCAUCUUCUUGAUGCAGUGAACCAUAUAAAACACAUGAAGAAGAACAUUAGGGAAUUGGAAGUAAAAAGGGAUAAGCAAAUAAAUUUAACGGCUGGAUCGAGCAAUCUGGACGUCAAAAUUGUUGAGGAAACGAACUCUUCUGCUAUUAAGUUCACACUCAGGCAAUGCUCGGGUGGUGGAAUUGAGAUUCUGAUGAAGAAUUACUUGGCAGAUACUAAAUGGUUUCCUCUAUCAAAGAUAUUGGAUGUGCUGCUUGAUGAAGGUCUUGCUGUUGUUAGCUGUGUCUGCACCAAAGUCAAUGAAGAAUUUCUUUACACAAUCCAAACUGAGGUCAAUGCAGGUGUUGAUCUAAUUUGUCUGCAAGAAAAACUGACGAAAAAUGCCAUGACUGGGAAAGACUUAAAAGUCCUAGAGCAAUACAGGAAUUGAGACAGUUCAAAUGAACAACAGAAAUUAAAAGGUUUCAAGA